UCCACCGUGCUAGUGCCACUGUCAGACGAGACCGCUGUGGGUGCACACGCGGCAUUUCUCCAGCAGUGCUCCAUCCGGAGGGAGAAAUGAUCGCGUAAACAAGGAUAAUGAGCGAGUAGGUGUGGCCGUCGGAAGGCGUCCUCACGCCCCUCUAACGUUUUUUCCCAGACGCGUGGGCGGCGCGGAGAGUACGCCUUGCAACCCACGCGCUCGCACGCCGCCGCCGCACGCCGCCGUCGCCCGACCAAAGGCACACGGAACGUAAACAAACAGAUCGAUCAUUGAUGGCACAUGCCACGACACCACACCGGAUUCGCACUCGAAACGCACGCGACAACCACCAAUACGCGAACUCCCACAUUAACAGUGCGAUUUUAAUCGAAUUUAAUCACACGUCAAAACUAACAUAUAGUUAAGUAUAGUUCAUGAACUAUUUUAGAAGUUCAAUUGUUUUACAAAGUUCGAUCUCCAUUGUGAUAAACUGUGCGAAUUAGUUUACAAAAAAGUUUGAAGAAGCCGAAAGAUGAGAUCCCGAAAUAAGGAUCUAGUGUUGCCAACAUGAAAUUUCAAUUUACCACUGGUGAAGAUUGCAGGAUGUUUCUGAAGUCUUCGAUCACUAUAGUUUUUUCACUCAUACUCCUGUCUAACAUGGCGAGUUCUCGGGACAAUAUCCUGCCGUCGCAUUUCAAGUUGAACUCGGCACUAACGUGUCGUCUGGUCGGUGGACUGACCAGGGAACAGAGAGCCGUCUGCAACGAGGAACCUGAUGCGGCCGCGAUCGCUUUCGAGGGUCUUCAAAUGGCGGUCAAGGAAUGCCAGCACCAGUUCCGCUGGCAUCGAUGGAACUGCUCCAGUUUGAUCCCUAAGAGCUCAAAUCCUCACUCCAGUGCUAUUAUGAAGAGAGGUUUUCGGGAAUCGGCGUUCCUUUACGCCCUAACCUCAGCAGGAGUAGCUCACGCCAUCGCCAGAGCGUGUGCCCAAGGUCGGCUUCUAUCUUGUGGCUGUGAUCCCCUCGGGUACCGCACUUCCCACGACUCCAGAGGAAGAUCGAGAGCCAAUAAAUGGGAAUGGAGCGGUUGUUCACACAACUUGGGAUACGGGAUAGAGUUUACAAAGAAGUUUCUAGACGUCAGAGAACAAGUGGACGAUCUGCAGUCCAAGAUAAAUGUCCACAAUAACAACGCAGGGAGAACGAUCCUGUCUUCACACAUGGAAGUCCGGUGCAAGUGUCACGGGCUGUCAGGCAGCUGUCAACUGAGGACCUGCUGGCGCGCCACACCAGAUUUCCGCGUCGUCGCUUCCACUAUAAAAAGACAAUAUCGGAAAGCGCUGCUUGUGGCACAAGAAGAAUUGAACAACGGUAUGUCAGUACUGAGAGGAAGACCACGAGGCAAGAGGCGGAGUCGAGCGAAACCAGCUCCAAAAACUAGCCUACUGUUCUUUGAAAAGUCACCGAGUUUCUGUGACGCGGACCCUCGUAUGGAUUCAUCGGGCACAUCUGGCAGGGUUUGCAGGAUCGGGCGCACAUCCCGCACUGGUUCCUGCGAUUUGCUCUGCUGCGGGCGAGGCCACGCUCUAAUACGAAGGUCCAGUAUCAAACCUUGCAACUGCACCUUCCACUGGUGCUGCAGGGUGGAUUGUGAGAAAUGCCACGACGACAAAUGGGUUGCCAUGUGCAAAUAACUUUGUGAUAUUCAAGACAUUUUUGAAGACAUCAAAUAUGUGAUAUGUUUAUUUUAUUGUUAUUUAAAAAUCAAGGUUUUACACUUUGUAAGAUACAUUAGUUAUAGGAAUAGUUUUAGAGCCCCUAUAAACUAGACUUUUUAUCGGCCGAUCUGGUCUGAUUGUCAAACCAAAAUCGUAUAAAAUAAAUUCGAUGCAAUGCGUGAUAAGGUCUGAAGUUUCCGGGCGCACUUUUAGUUAACAGCUAGAUGAAUUGUAUUGUUAACUGAAUGAUUUUUGGAUGAUUUUUUUAAGGAAUGAGAUUAAAAUCUUUUUGAAUAAGGACAUGAGCUAAAUGCUAACGGGUUUUUUCAUUACAAUUUAAACUCUAAAUUCAGGUUGUGAAGAAAUUGUUAAGAUGAUUGAAGAGUUACACUUACCACGCACAAUUGAUAAAUUAAUUAUCUUUUUUUAUGUUAACAUUAUUAUCGAUCGUCUUGCAUAUUUAUUUAUUUUUAUAACAUUCCAAUGUGUAUAUAUUUAACCUUAAGUUCAACAAAAAGACAUUCAAGCUUAAUAGUGUCAGUAAUUUCGCGAAAUAUCUUUUGUAAAUAACUUUGGACAACUUAGGUUAUGAUUAAUACUUUAGGUGAAUAACAAUUUUAAAUUAGAAAUAAGCGAUUGUGUUUUUUACAUCACUGUAUAUUUAAUAGUUUGGUAAAAUGUACUGAAUAAUUUACGUAGGUUAAUGUUAAAUGUACUAUAGUGUGUCUAAAUAAGAUAGAUUAAUUUGACAAUUCAUUUGAAACUUAGUA